CACUCAGUUCCAUCUCAAACCAAUUGAAACAUAUAGAAUCCAAUGAAACACAGCUCUUUGCUCCCCACAAUCUCUAACACAAACUUCUGGUGUUAACACCAUGAGAAGGAUAAAAGCACUGUUCCCACUUACAUAAACCCCACUUUCUUCUAUAUGGUAACGGAGACAUGAGCACCGGACACAGACACAAUACGUAGACAUAUGUAGCUCUGUUGCAUCUACAGUUGUUAUUGAAGGCGUGUCCAGUGUUCACCAUAUGUUGGUAUUGAACACCGACACAAAUCAUUACAUUAGAUUAAUUCAUUUUAUCAAAUAAUGAUUGAUGUCGACGUGUCAAUUUCAGUGUCAUAUCUGUGUCAAAGUAGAUGUGAUUGAAUGUAACCAAUAUUGGUUGUCAAAAAAAAAAAUGUAACCACCAAUAUCAUGUGGGUAUUGGACACUCUUAUGUGUCGGACACUAGACACACCUUCGAUGUGAAGUGUAAGUACUUAAUGCAUAUAUUCACAUCAUUCUGGUCCUACACAAAAACUCCUCCUCAUCAUAUAAAAUCAUGGCUAGAGUUGUUGAUUAUUCUAAACUGACCAUCCCACACUACUCUCAAUCAUUUCAAAACCCUUUGAUAUCAUCUUACCAUCCUUGAUAUAGCCUCAUCCUCUUGUUACAUAUUCCUAACCAUACUUUUCAAACAUUCUAAAUUUGCAAAAACAUCAGAGAUUAUUACACCAUGUCCCUAGCAGGACUUAUUAUAGACCAAGAAAUGAACCACAAUAAGAAAUCCUUCCACAGAAGAAAUGAUUCUGGUGAGCUUGAUGUGUUCGAAGCAUCAAGAUACUUCUCAGGAUACAAUGAAGUUAUUGGAUACAAUAAUAGCUCAACUUUCACACAAAAGAUUAUGAGAGAAGAAAGGAAUGGAUACAAAGGUAGAAUAAGCUUAGACAUGCCAAUGAGAAGCUUACUUCCACAACAAUUUCAUGGUGGAAUUGAUCAGAAACAAAUGAAAGAGAAGAAACACAACAAACAACCUAGCUCACCAGGUGGUAGACUUGCAAGUUUCUUGAAUUCUCUCUUCAAUCAAUCAACAUCGAAGAAGAAAUCAAAAUCAAGUUCACAAUCCAUGAAAGAUGAAGAUGAGAGUCCUGGUGGUAGGAGAAGGAGGAGAAGCAGCAUUAGUCAUUUCAGAAGCUCUAGCACUGCAGAUUCAAGGUCUAUUUACUCUUUGAAUUCGGGUUUUCGAACUCCUCCUUAUGUAAACACUCCAACAAAGGGAUGCAGGGAAUUCAAAACCUUAUUAUCAGAUCAAAAGAAUGAAGUGUCUUUGAAAAAAUCAUCAACCACUUUGCAAAAUGAGUUGUGUUGGGAUGAUAAGAAAAAGAGAGACUCAAAUUUGAAACAGUUUGUGGAGAAAAAGUACUAUGAAGAAGAGAAAAGGGAAGUGAGAAAAUUCAAUGAGGUUGAUGAUGGUGCAGAAAGUGAUUCAAGUUCUGAUUUGUUUGAAUUGCAAAACUAUGAAUUGAGUCAUUAUUCAAGUGGUUUACCUGUAUAUGAAACUACCAACAUGGAUAAUAUCAAGAGAGGAUCAACAAUUUCCAAUGUCCCUUUGUGAUGAUGAUAAUGUAUAAUUAAUUUCUACUUAAUUUGUUUCAUGUUGAAUUAGUUAUAUAUAGUUAAUUAGAAACUAUGAAAAGGGAAAUCUCAUAGAUUUUGCUUGUUUUGUUUUCCUUUGGAUUUGAUUUGCAACCUUCUUCCAAUACUUUUUUUCUUUGUUUGUACAGUUUGGAGUUUUUGCUUGUCUUACUCAUCUAAUUUUAUCUACUUUUCUUUG